AUGGUGAAGGAUAAUCGAGAUUCUGACCAAGACCAAGAUUUUAAUUCUUCUCAUAUGAAAAGACAGCCGGAGCAGCAGCAGCAGCAGCAGCAGUUGCAACAGCAGCAAUUUUCUAACAAGAAACAACGAAUAUCUCAUCAUGAUGACAGUCAUCAAAUUAAUCAUAGACCAGUCACAUCAUGUACACAUUGUAGACAGCACAAAAUCAAGUGCGAUGCCAGCCAAAACUUUCCUCAUCCUUGCUCUAGAUGCGAAAAAAUUGGUCUCCACUGUGAAAUUAAUCCACAAUUUAGGCCUAAAAAGGGCUCCCAGUUGCAAUUACUGAGACAAGAUGUAGAUGAAAUUAAAUCUAAACUCGAUACUCUUCUGGCUAAUGACGGUGUUUUUGUUCAUCUUCUACAACAUAUCCCUAUGGGUAAUAACCUUUUGAAUAAACUUAAUCUGCAUCCAACACCAACCCCGGGUACUAUUAUUCCUAACCAAGAUUCUUCUCCCUCAUCAGGCUCUCCAACUUCUUCCGCAGCUCAACGAGAUUCCAAGGUGUCAGUCCAGACGUAUUUGUCCAGGGAGCCACAGCUCCUUCAAGCCAAUCACGUCAACAAUAAGAAUAAUGAGGCAUCACCUCGCACUAAAUUACGCGCAUCUUCUUUGGCUCAAAGCUCGAAGAGCCUUGUAGCGACAGAACCGAACAAAUUGCCGCCUCUGCUGAAUGACUCAGCAUUACCCAAUAACUCCAAAGAGUCUUUACCUCCCGCUCUGCAAAUGGCUUAUUACAAGAAUAACUCAGUAAAUAACACACCUAGCGGCCCCUUCUCGCCAAAUCACACAGCCUAUUCUCCGCAUGCUUCAUCAACCGCCGUUACUGCUGCGACGAACAAGACACCCUUUGGAGCAGCGAAAUAUGUUGAUGUAAACAACAACACCCAUAAAACAAAAACACCUGUUGUAGCCACUACCACGACUAUGCCAUUAUUACCUUCGCCACAUGCAAACGUAGAUGAAUUUGUACUGGGUGAUAUAAGCCUUUCCAUUGAGAAAGCGAAUAAACUGCAUCAUAUUUUUGUGACUAGAUACCUACCAUAUUUUCCUAUAAUGUAUUCCAAUAAUGCUACCGAGCUCUACUCUCAAUCUCAACUACUUUUCUGGACCGUCAUGUUGACAGCAUGUUUGUCUGAUCCUGAACCAACUAUGUAUUGCAAAUUAAGCUCCUUGAUCAAACAAUUGGCUAUAGAAACUUGUUGGAUAAGAACUCCCCGAUCCACACAUAUCUCUCAAGCUUUACUAAUUUUAUGCAUUUGGCCUUUGCCUAAUCAAAAAGUUCUAGAUGAUUGUUCUUACCGCUUUGUAGGAUUAGCUAAAUCAUUGUCCUACCAACUUGGUUUGCAUAGAGGUGAAUUUAUCUCAGAAUUUACAAGAACUCAGACUUCAAUGCCAAAUGCAGAAAAGUGGAGAACUAGGACUUGGUUAGGGAUAUUUUUUGCCGAACUUUGUUGGGCAAGUAUUCUUGGUUUGCCACCAACUUCACAAACAGACUAUUUGUUAGAAAAAGCUUUAUCUUGUAGUGACGAAGAAUCAGAGGAAGACAACGACAAUAGUAGUAGUAGUAACAAUAAUAACAAUGUUAGUGAUAAAAAUAUCAAAACGAAGGAGCCACACAUUGAAAGUAAAUACAAACUGCCGGGUAGAUUUAGAAGAUUAUUAAGCUUAGCCAAUUUCCAAGCAAAAUUAUCCCAUAUUAUUGGAUCUUCCGUUUCCAGCCCUGAUGGUUUAUUGGAGCCAAAAUACCGUGCGGAAACCUUGUCUAUCUUAGGGAAAGAGUUGGAUUUAUUAGCGAAAACUUUAAAUUUCCAGAAUGACGACGUUGUAAAUAUCUAUUUUCUUUAUGUUAAACUAACAGUUUGUUGUUUUGCAUUCUUACCUGAAACUCCCCCUACUGAUCAAAUUCCAUAUGUCACGGAAGCUUAUCUAACAGCUACUAAAAUCGUUACUUUAUUGAACAACCUUUUAGAAACACAACAACUUAUUGAACUUCCUAUUUACAUUCGACAAGCUGCUACAUUUUCUGCAUUGAUACUGUUCAAAUUGCAACUGACCCCUUUACUUCCUGACAAAUAUUUUGAUUCAGCAAGACAAUCAGUGGUCACUAUUCAUAGACUUUAUAGAAAUCAGUUAACUGCAUGGGCCACCAGUGUAGAGAAUGAUAUUUCGAGGACUGCAAGUAUGUUAGAGAAAUUGAAUUUCGUAUUAAUUAUGCAUCCGGAAGUCUUUGUAGAGGAAGAUGGUAUUAUUUCUAGAAUGAGAUCACACUUAACAGGAUCCUUGUUCUAUGACUUAGUUUGGUGUGUUCAUGAGGCUAGAAGAAGAGAAAUGGAUCCCGACUAUAAUAAGCAGGCAUUAGAAAAAGCCGCUAAGAAAAAAAAACAUUCUUUAAAUGGCGUUUACAACGAUCCUUCAUCUUCGGGUGGGAUCAUGGACAGAAAACUUUAUCCAUUGCCGUUAUAUAACCAUAUUUCUAGAGACGACUUUGAAACUGUUACAAAAACAACACCAAGUGGAACUACUGUUACUACUUUGAUUCCUACCAAGAAUGCCUUGAAGCAGGCAGAAAAACUAGCCAAGACGAAUAACGGAGACUCUGAUGGUUCAAUAAUGGAAAUCAAUGGAAUACCGCUUUCCAUGCUCGGAGAAACAGGUAGCGUCAAAUUUCAGAGCUUAUUCGCUAAUACUGGAAAAGAUAACGAUUAUAACAACGGCAGGACCCUACUAGAUGCCUCUAAUGUCAUGACUAUGCCCUUCAAUUCAAGUUAUCCGAUCGCUUCUGGCCCUACUUUGAAUAAUAAUCCAAGAAGUACUAAUUUAGACUAUUAUAAUAACGGACUAAACGUAAUUUCUGAUCUCUCUAUGAAAAGAUCAGCAAGUACACCAGUUAAUCACCUUCCUACAUCAGUUCCAGCAUUGAGGAACCCUGUUGGUAGUUUACCAGAUACUGUUACGUCGGGUAUGGAUCACCCGCGCCCACGAGAACACAGCAAUCUACAAAAUGUUGCGAUUAAUUAUAAUAAUCAAUUCAAUAACGUAAACGCCAUUGAAAGAUCACAGAGCAGUAUGUCUCACUCACGUACACCGGUUGCUUUUAAGUCAAACAACAUGACAGAUUUGCAUUCCGUUGUUUCCGAUCCUGGUUCAUCUAAAAACACUGCAUACCCGCCUUUAAGCUUGUUUGCCAAAAGCGGCAUCAAUAAUAAUAUUAAUAGAGCUAAUCAACAAUUCUCCGGCGCAAACACUAUAACUCCCUUUAACUACCAAAGCAUCGAUAAUGAAAAUAAUGUGAAGACUCCCGGAAAUAAACUGACAGAUUUUUUUCAGCAACAAAGUGCAGGCUGGCUUGAAGGAAAUUCCAGUAACGAUGACUUUUUUGGGUGGUUUGAUAUGAACAUGGAGCAAGGAUUUUGA